GCUAAGCAUUGUAUGUAUUUCGAACUUAUUUCGCAUCGUACGUAGCCAACCGUGCUAAUUCAUAUUGAGUAUGAAGAUGCCUCCAUCGGGGUGAAGGUUACCAAAAGGGUGCCCGUAAUCCGGUUCGCAAGCCUCCACGUGUCGGUCGGGUGGGUACCGUUUGAGUUGAAGACGCGCGGUGUCGCAAUAGCGGUGACAUUGCAAUAGGGGAACCCGUCACCGAAGCGAAUUCACAUUCACAUUGUCCCCGCGAAUCACCUGUCUCUCCCAUCUGUCCACUCGCAUCCGUCCGGUCGUAAACCUUCCACACGAACCCCUCUCUCUGCCGCAAGUCUCCACCAGCCCCUCUCGCCCCCCUCGUGCACUUCUCGUCUCCUCCAAACAAACAAACAAAAACCCGCGGUCACCUUCGCUCGCAGGCGCUCAGUCGGUCGUCAAGCUCCUCGCGAGAGGAGCUGCUGCUGCUGCUGGAAGAUAAUGGUCGUGGCCGCGUUGGUGACCGUCGCUUGCGUGAUUUGCUGCUAUUCCUUGAAGGCGUCUGCCUCUCUGCUGCAAGACACCUUGCAAAGAUGGUCAAGCUAUGCCAAGGAAUGUCAGCAGUCACAUGACAGCGAACCGUUACUCUCAGGCGUUUAUUGCAACAGGACAUUUGACCAUUAUGCUUGCUGGCCAGACAGCUUGCCAGAUACAAAAGUGGCGAUACCGUGCCCAUCCUACCUGCCUUGGAUAGACAAAGUGGAAGGAGGAUACGUUUACAGAUAUUGCACUCGUGAUGGCACCUGGUUAACUCAAGACAACGUGACCGCGGCAUGGAGAGACCACAGCGAAUGUUUGGAUGAUGAGAACAAUAUCUCCACUGAGGGAAAAGAGACGUAUCUUCUUCAUACCUUACGUCUGGUUUAUACCACCGGAUACUCGGUCUCCCUCGCCUCCCUCGUGGUGGCUAUGGGAAUUUUGAUCAUGUUCAGGCGGCUACACUGCACAAGAAACUACAUCCACAUGAACUUGUUCGCUUCAUUCAUCCUCAGAGCCAUUUCCGUUCUGCUCAAGGACGCUGCUCUCACACACAAUUACACAAAACGACUCCAGAACGCCUCCGAUUGGCUGGGCUAUUUUGGAUACGAAGGGUACACAGGAUGCAGAGCUACUCACGUUUUCAUGCAAUAUUGCAUUGGCGCCAACUACUUUUGGCUUUUGGUUGAAGGCAGCUACUUACACACCCUGCUGACCAUGUGUGUGUUCACCGAAAAGAAACUGAUUGCAUUUUACGUUCUGCUGGGAUGGGGUACACCGAUUAUGUUCAUCAUACCUUGGAUGGUUUCAAAAUUGAUUUAUGAAAACCAAGGGUGUUGGGGAAUUAACACGUGGAUGGGCAUUUGGUGGAUUAUACGAGGACCGAUCCUGUUCUCCAUUGUGGUGAAUUUUAUCCUCUUUGUAAAGAUCAUCAAAAUCUUACUCUCCAAGUUGAAGGCACAGCAGUCAAAGUUUUCAAAUUACAAGAGCAGACUUGCCCGGUCGACGCUCACCCUGAUUCCGCUUCUGGGCAUCCACGAGGUUGUGUUCAUCUUCCUCGCGGAUGAGCAUGCCACGGGAAGAACGCGCUACGUCCGCCUGUUCAUUCAGCUCUCCUUCAGCUCCAUUCAGGGCUUUUUUGUAGCGCUCCUGUAUUGCUUCUCUAAUGGUGAGGUCCAAAGCGAGUUCAAGAAAAAGUUGCAUCUCUGGCACGUGAAGUCAAGGAAGGUAAAUGAGCUGAAGUGCUCCCAAAGUUCCUUCACCUCCAUGAAGAACUUCUCAAUGGAAGGUGGCCAAUUGUUGUUUGAUCGGAGUGGGCUGUACGUUGGUAAGAAGCGCCCGUCCAGGGCAGAGCUCUUGCACAGCAAGGAAGCAAAGCGUCGUGAAGGCAUGGGCAGCACCACCACCAACAGUAACCUGAGUGACAGUCAAGCAGUCAUCGAAGACACAGUGUGAGAUGUAGAUCAUACCACUUCAGCCCAUAUGACAAGAGUUCCGUUAAGCUACAUCGUGCUGUAUGAUAUGGGGGGGGGGGGGGUUCCAAUUUGUUGGAAUAUACAAAAACAUAUCCCGGAAAUGUGGAAUUGGAUGUUGAAGAGUGUGUCAAUAUUUAUAUGAAAAUUUAAGGGUUUUUUUUUGUUUUGCUCAGAUGACCAAUUAUAAAAUUUCGUGUGAUUUAUUGCUUAUUUAAAGUCUUAAUUCUACCUUUGCACUUAAGCGUAAAUGUUUGAAUUCAAAUGUAAAUUGCUUUUAAUUACUUAAUCACAUUAAUGAUGUUGUUCAAUUACAGUUAAAACAAGCUGUGUGUAUCUAAAUACGUAUGAUCAUCACACUCGCUACUGAGCUGGGUUUAUUUGCAUUGACGUUGGGUUCCCUGUCAUCAAAUACCAAAGUGUACCAUUUACCAUGAAAUAUAAGCGACAGUGCUCGCCGACGCGACUCAUGAUUGGGCCAAUGGUGCGUCACCAUCGGAGUCAAACCGCAUGAGACAGACGUCCGAAUUCCCAUUGCGUCCGUUGCUCGUGUUCGUCGCGUCCGUGAGGUGUGUGGAGGUGAAACAAAGACCGUGGUAACGUUACCCUCCGCCUCGCCGCUCCUCCACCGCGAACUCUACUUGUGGCUGUGCAGCUUUUCAUAUUGGAUGAGCCGCAGUAUCUCGAUGUUGUUUUUAACCCCUGCCACAAAUUCUCCCUCGGUGAUUUUAUCUGCA